AUGAGGAUCAAGGCCCUCAACGUCUACCCCAUCAAGGCCCUCCGCCCGAUCCCCUUGGAGUCGGCGACGCUCACCCCGCAGGGCAUCCUCCACGAUCGGACCUAUAUGCUCUUCAAGGUGAACCCGGACUCGUCCCUCCGCAAGAUGCAGCUCUCUACGUUUCCCCAGUGCGCCCUCUUUUCCCAGGAAAUAGUCUCGUCCGCCUCUUCUUCCCCCUCCACCUCCGAGUCCCCUGGGGACACCAUCCGCGUCCGAUAUAACCCCCCGGACCCGCCACCCCCGGCAGACACCCACCCCCUCCAGGGCAAGACCCUCUGCGUACCACUUGUCCCGGACACUGCCGCCCUCGAGCCCGUUUCGGUUGACCUCCACGGCAGCCCCGCUGAGGCCCUCCGCAUGGGCGACCCCUACGACGCCUUCUUCUCCGCCUGUUUCGGCUUCCCCGUCAUCCUGGUCCACAUCGGCUCCGGCCGCCGCCGCGUCCUCGGCACCCUCGCCCCGGGGUCCCCUUCCGCAGCAUCAUCCACGCCCGAACAGCAGAAACACCAGACCCGCUCGCUUCUGUCGUCCAUUGCAUCCUACUUGCCGUCCUUCUCGUCCUUCGCGACCCAGGGAGAGCAAGUGGGGGACGACCCCGCGUGGCUGACCUUCACCGACUGCGCGCCCUACCUCGUCACCUCCGCCUCCUCCCUCUCCCACCCUUCCCUCGAAACCUUCAAAGACGACAGUCUUAUCAUGCCCAAAUUCCGCCCCAACAUUGUCGUGGAAGACCCGGAAGAAGCCCCUUUCGCCGAGGACUUCUGGGCCGAACUCGCCCUCCCUGCCUCCGGCCCCGGCCCCAGCGGCGCUAGGCUCCUCCUCACCGCCAACUGCGGCCGCUGCUCCUCCCUCAACGUGGACUACGACCGGGGUCGCCCCGCCGCCGGGCCCGAGGGCAAGCUCCUCAACGCCCUCAUGAGGGACCGCCGCGUUGACCCGGGACACAAGUACGCGCCCGUGUUUGGCCGUUAUGCGUUCCUCGCCGUCGACGCCGCAGGGGAUGAUCCGCUGGCGUCGGUCAUCCGCGUCCGCGUCGGGGACGACGUCGUUGUCGUCCGUCGCAACCCCGAGCGCACCGUAUUUGAUUGGGGCUUAUCCUAGACCCGAGCGAGAAAGAUAGUUGCCGCCGCCGCCAUUGCCUAGUCUUUAUCUGUGUGCUGCCGGCGGUGUAACGUAACCGCCUACCGGUUUUCCGUCGCUCGCGAGCGCUGAACUGUACCAAACCAUGCACCAUCACCUUUGCCCCCUUUCUUCCUCCUCCGCGAGUACGUGACAAAUGACAGGUCACACAUGUCGAGACAUACAGGAGGUAGAGAGUGGCAUUCUGAACCGGAGCUUACUCAUCGUCACACCGAAAAAGAAAAAAGAAGAAGAAGAGAAAAGCAUGUGAUAUGGUGGUGGGAAAUUUCCAUGCCGGACAGAAACAUUCAAUGCCGUGUAACCCAUCUACUCAUCCCUAUCAUUACGCCCGUAGUCUUUCGCGCCAUCAUCGUCUCGUCAUCAUCACGACAUACGAAAUUCUACAUCCUCAGAUAUGAACCGCC